AAAAGGAGCGGCGGAGACGACCGGACGUGCAUCGAUGUAACACUUGAAGUUAAAGCGGUUCUGAGGCGGAUUUUCUUUGAUUUGGUUGGGAUUGCAGUAAACAAGAAUACUUAUAUAGCAGGUUUUGCACCUCAGCAGAUGAGAAUACUGCUCUGGGGUGCCUGGCUUGCGGUUUACGUUGCAUUUCUUCUGUUUCUGCGGAGGAUGUGGACUGGGAAGCAUCUCCGGAGCCCACUCGCCAAAUCUCUGUACUUGAGCAUGAUGAAUGAGGCAGGAAGCUGUCACGACACAAAUCAGUGGUACGUCUGUCACACCGACUUCCUGAACAAGUCUCUAGAAGCCGCUUUUAUCCAGUGUCACCUGGAUGUUGAGACCCAGGAGUUUCUAAACAGAAGCAGAGAGAAGUCCACCUGGCUCCUCACUCAGAUGUACCACUCCUUUAUCUCCACUGUUUUCGGCCCCUUCAUGUCCAGGACCAACAUCAAUGGGCUUCUAGGAAGAGGAUCCAUGUUUGUCUUCUCUUCGGAGCAGUUCCGCCAGUUGCUGGGGGUGACUUCUGACUGGAGGACCAAAAGACUUCUAGACCUGGGAGCUGGAGAUGGUGGUGUUACUCAGAUCAUGAGCCCCCACUUCGAGGAGAUCUACACCACAGAAGUGUCUGCCACCAUGAGGUGGCAGCUUCAGAAAAAACAGUACAAGGUGUUGGAAAUAGACGAAUGGCAGAAGGCUGGCUUCAAGUACGAUGUGAUCAGCUGCCUGAACCUCCUUGAUCGAUGUGAACAGCCCGUCACUCUGUUGAAUGACAUCCGCAGAGCUCUGGAGCCCACCAGAGGCAGGGUGAUUUUAGCUACAGUACUGCCCUUUCAUGCCUCUGUGGAAGAAGGUGGGAAGUGGGUACAACCUUCUGAGCUCCUGAACGUGCAGGGCCAGAUAUGGGAAGAUCAAGUGAACAGCCUGGCCGGUGGCGCCUUGUGGGAGGCCGGCUUUACUGUCGAGGCGUUCACGAGGCUGCCUUACCUCUGCGAGGGCGACUUGUACAACGAUUACUACGUGCUGGAUGAUGCCGUCUUCGUUCUGCGGCCCCGCGACUCGAUCCCAGGGGAGGGGGUGCCAACGUUGGGUCUGCCAUAGAUGCUGUAGACCCGGAAUGAAUGGUAAAUUGUGAUAUGCCGGCACGUCGAGUCUGGUUGUGGGUGAACCUGCUUUUCAAUACGGAGAUUGAUUUGCGUCCUCUCCAGUUUUUUUUUUUUGUUUUUAUCCCCCAUUGUGGUUCAAAAGUUACUUUCACGUCUGUGCCCCCAUAGCUUUUGACCACGUGUUCCAUCUUGUGGCUUGGACUGUUUACUGCGUUUUUAAUGAUUUACUGGGAAUUCCAUUUUUUGGUGCCACAAAGCAAGUGGAUCACAAACAGACUUUCAAAUCCACAAAACGAAACUGAGGAACAUGCAGAACUCCAGCAGAUGCCACUGUGCAGGUUAGAAUUAUGUGCUUGAUGUGAUUAUUUUAUUGUUUUCUCUCCAUAAUGGAGUUAGCAAAAGACUGCAGUCCUGCCAACCUGAGGACCUUUGUGCCUAAAGGUCUGUAAGCCUGUACUAAAAAAUAAAAACAAAUACACCGUGUAUUAAAAAUCCAUCAUUUUAAUACAUUUUUAAAAAUAAAGCGUGACUAUGAAUUUAAAUGA